AUGUGCGGAAGAUUCUGCUGCUCGUUAAACCGAGCAUCUGUGACCACAGAAUUAUACAAUCAUGCGGUAUGCGAGGAUAAGGAUAUUACUUGGUUGGAUAAAGAUAAAUACGUAGCAAGCUAUAAUGUUUGUCCUACACGAUACGUUCUUGCCUUGUAUCAAGACACCGUGUCGAAGCACAAAGUGCUACAGUCCAUGCAAUGGGGUUUCAUUCCUUCUUGGUCAAAAAAUUCCGCCAUGGCAAAACCUAUCAAUGCUAGGUCGGAAACCUUGCAAGAGACAUCUAUAUUUAGCAGCGCCAAACCUUGUAUUAUUAUAGCAGAAGGGUUUUACGAAUGGAAAACAUCGAGCACGAAAAUACCUUUUUACGUUAAAAGAAGAGACGGACAACUCAUGCUUUUUGCUGGUUUAUAUGACACCAACAAGCACUUUGGAGACAAGUUAACAACAUGUGCAAUCAUCACAACCCAAGCCUCUGAAUUCUUUGCUGUCAUUCACAAUAGAAUGCCAGUUAUUCUCGAGACAAAAGACGUGGAUCUUUGGUUGGAUCAUGGUACUCUUUUAUCUAAAUCAGUGAUUCAUCUCUUGAAGCCGUAUAAAGGACCGCUCCAAUGCUAUCAGGUGUCUAACGAGGUGGGACAAACAAAGAAGGAUACACCUGACUUGAUUGUACCGAUUGACAGCAAAAAGAGUUCCAUCACACACUUUCUAACCUACGUAGAUCCCACUGUAGUAGCCGCCCAAAAGGAAGAGCCUAUAGAUAAUGAGAAAGUAAGCGUAAAAAGAAAAGAGCCUCCAAAUGACACUGUUGUACCCAAGAAAAAGAGAGAAAGACCAUCCAAUAACACCUUGAUUACACACUUUUUUAACAAGGAAAAACAUGAAUAA